AUGGCGUCCUCACGACUUUUCUUCACCAUGAUUCUUUCUCUGUUGCUCUUAAAUGCCCGGCUGGCCAUCGCCAAGACGCAGGAUCAUACCAGUCUGACGUUUGCUAAUAUCACCGGCUGCGCGGCCUCGUGUUUGCAUAACAGCACCACACGAUUCUGUACCGUCGACGACGCUCUCUGUCUGUGCACGAGUCCCGGCUUCAUUGCCGAUUGGAAUGCAUGCACACACAGCAGUUGCUCCCCAAAGGACGUUCUCACGUCGCGCCGCGUUCAGGCUGCCGUCUGCCAUUUUGAUCACCCCGACAAGACUGGUGAAGAAACCGCGGUGGCUUUGGUGUUGUUCGUCAUCGUGGCGUUGUCGGUUGCCCUUCGGCUUGCUUCGAGGAGGGUGGCUCGAGAGUUUUUCAUUGAUGACGUUCUCAUCUACCUGGCGACCGUGACGUCUGUCGCGUUGCUGGUGCCACACUUGAUUGCCAUCCAGAAUGGAUUCGGCAAGCACUACUACGAUCUUCCGGACGGGGCCAUGACGAGGAUUGUUGAGCCCAUCUACAUACUCGAAAACUUUUAUAUCGUCACACUCACGUUCAUCCGCAUUUCCAUCCUCUGUCUUUACCUGCGCCUUUUUUACCACUUUGGGUGGUUCCGCGCCCUCAUAAUAGGGACCAUCCUCAUUGUUGUCAUCGCCAACGGUACCGUUCUCGUCCUUACCGUCCUCUCGUGUCGUCCCAUCGAACGAAUAUGGGACACACCGGGCCCUCGUGACGCCACCUGCAUGGAUGUGCACUCUCUCAGUACCGCGGUCGCCACCCUCUCCACCGCCGAGGACUUUUUGCUGUUACUGCUGCCACUGAUGCCCAUGCUGGUCGACAGACUCAACAGGCCACCGACGCCCGGCUUUCUCGUCCCGCUGCGCAGCAGAGCAUAUGUCAUCGGCAUGUUUGCCGUUGGCGCCUUGGCGGCCACAGCUUCGGCCUACAGGCUGGACACGUUGCUGCGGAUCGGCGAAUCGUCCGACCCGAGCUGGGACUACGUCCCAGUUGCCCACUGGUCCCUGUUGGAGUUCACGGCCGGCGUCGUAGCCGCCUGCCUCCCUGCGAUCCGAACCCUGGCACAUAUCGUCUUGAAGAGGAGGGGCAUCACCUGGCUGGAGGACGACGACGAGGAGACCCGCGGUACUGUCUACUACAUCCGAGACGGCGCCAAGGUCAAGGAAACCUCGCCCGGAACCACCACGGCCGACCCCGAGGCCGUCGAGAACCAGCGAAUCAGCAAGCAGUACAAGCGCGCCUCGUGGGUCGCCAGCUCAAAGUCGCUGGCUUUGUCGAGACCCGCCGCCGUUUACUGCCACCCGGCCUUUGACGGUUGGGAGGAGAGCGAGGCGCCUUCCCCCGCCGAGGGGGUGGAGACGACGACUACCACCACCACCACCACUAACACCAUCACUACUACGCGACACAACUCACAGGGGCACUCUGAAGUCAAGUCGACCGUCGCCCACCACGUGCCCAGGCGGGAAAGGAAGAGUAGUACGAAGGACAAGGAUGCUCCCAUCAUCACGGUGACCGAGCUCGAGGUUGAGCCUGUCCCCGGCGCAAAGAAGAAAUGGAACUGGAGGGCAAUGUUCCAGUCACCGAGUGCGGAUAGGAGGAGAGAGGACCAUGCCGAGGAGUCUGAGGAUGAUACAGUCGAUGAGCCUCCAAAGGAUUGGAGGCAUAGUAACUGGGGUUGA